AUGAGCCUGGCAAAAGGGGAAAAUUGCUAUAUUCUGGACAGCCCAGCACAUCCUCUGCUAGCUAAAGAUGGGGAUGUGAUAAUCGGAGGUUUAUUUUCAAUACACAGUGGUAUAAUGCUUUCUUUACUACCAUACACUGAAAAACCUGAAGCUUUAAUUUGCACCAGAUUUAAUCUUAGAGAAUUGCGAUUUGCUCAGACUAUGACGUUUGUUAUUGAGGAAAUCAACAGAAGCAACAGUUUGCUCCCAAAUAUUUCUAUUGGCUACAGGAUAUAUGACAAUUGUGGAUCAAGAUUGUUAUCUAUGAAAGCAGCCAUGGCUCUGAUGAAUGGUAUGGACACAACAGCAAAUGGGGCCUGCACUGGAGAAGCAGCAGUACAAGCCAUCAUCGGGGAGUCAGAGUCUUCACCUACUAUAGUACUCACAAAAACUACAGGACCUUUUCAGAUCCCAGUGAUAAGCCAUGGGGCCACAUGUGAAUGUUUGAGCAACAGAAAAGAGUACCCUUCUUUCUUCAGGACCAUCGCAAGUGACUAUUACCAGAGUAGAGCACUGGCAUAUUUGAUCAAGCACUUUGGCUGGUCUUGGGUGGGAGCUGUAAACAGUGAUAAUGACUAUGGCAACAAUGGAAUGGCCAUAUUUCUGAAUGCAGCCAAAGAGGAGGGAAUAUGUGUUGAGUACACAGAGAAGUUUGACCGGUCAGAUACUGGCAAAAUUGUAAAAGUGGUGGAUAUUAUUAAAAAAGGCACAGCCAGGGUCGUCAUUAUAUUUAUUGCUCAAGCUGAUAUGAAUGUUCUGAUAGACCAUCUCAUUCUGAGGAAUGUCACUGGAUACCAGAUGAUUGGUGUAGAGUCAUGGAUUACUGCGAUUAAUCUAGCAACACCUGCAAGUUACAAUGUAUUGAUUGGAUCCAUUGGAUUAGAUGUGGGAAAAUUAAACAUUCAUGGAUUUGCUGACUAUGUAAUUAAAGAGUUUUGGCAAACAGAUUUCCCUUGUUUGGACACAAUAGGAAACAUUUCUCAAACUGACAGCAGUUGCAGCAGAUAUGAGGAAAUCCUUCCCUUUAAAAACUACAAUGAAGAUAUAUCGGAAUUGAGAUAUGCAAAUAACAUUUACAGUGCGAUUUAUGCAGUGGCAUAUUCUCUACACGGCCUAUUGAGAUGCACAGAAAACCAGAAGUGUGUAAAAGACAAAGCAAUACAAUCAUGGCAGGUUGUUGAAUAUCUGAAGAAAGUAAACUUUACUACUAAGUCAGGAGAAAAUAUUUGGUUCGACAACACUGGGGCAACAGCUGCAAAAUAUGAUGUGGUCAACUGGCAGAAAGGUUUUGGCAGGGAAGUGCAAUUUAAGGUUGUAGGCUAUUAUGAUGCGUCUCUGCCAGCUGGACAACAGUUUGUCCUAAACGCUCAAGAUAUAGUUUGGGGUGGAGAGAAAAAAGAGAAGCCAAGGUCUGUGUGCAGUGAAAGCUGUCCUCCAGGAACCAGGAAAGCUGCACAGAAAGGAAGGCCUGUCUGCUGUUAUGACUGUAUACCAUGUGCAGAGGGAGAGAUCAGUAACCAGACAGAUUCAAAUAACUGUGAGCAGUGUCCAGGAGAAUAUUGGUCUAAUGCUGAAAGAGAUAAAUGUGUGUUAAAGGUUAUAGAGUUUCUUUCUUUUACAGAGGUUAUGGGGAUAAUAUUGGUACUUUUUUCUUUGUUUGGUGCUGCAUUAACUAUAUUAGUAGCCAUUUUAUUUGUAAUAAAAAAGGACACUCCUAUAGUUAGGGCCAACAACUCUGAGCUGAGCUUCCUGCUUCUCUUCUCACUGACUCUGUGUUUCCUCUGUUCACUUACUUUCAUUGGACGGCCCUCUGAGUGGUCCUGUAUGCUGCGCCACACAGCUUUUGGAAUCACAUUUGUACUCUGUAUCUCCUGUGUUCUGGGGAAAACUGUGGUUGUGUUAAUGGCGUUCAGAGCUACGCUUCCAGGCAGCAAUGUCAUGAAAUGGUUUGGGCCUCUACAGCAGAGACUCAGUGUAGUUGCAUUAACUCUCAUACAGGUCCUUAUUUGUGUGCUUUGGUUAACAAUUUCUCCUCCUCUCCCCUACAUGAACAUGAACUACUACAAGGAAAAGAUCAUAUUAGAAUGUAACUUGGGCUCAGCUAUAGGUUUCUGGGCCGCUGGGUAUAUUGGAGUUCUGGCUUUCUUGUGUUUUGUUUUGGCUUUUCUAGCUAGAAAGCUGCCUGAUAAUUUUAAUGAAGCAAAAUUCAUCACAUUCAGUAUACUCAUAUUCUGUGCAGUGUGGAUCACCUUUAUUCCAGCUUAUGUCAGCUCUCCUGGAAAAUUCACUGUAGCUGUGGAGAUCUUUGCCAUUUUGGCCUCCAGUUUUGCUCUGCUGUUCUGUAUAUUUACUCCUAAAUGUUAUAUUAUUCUGUUUAAACCUGAACUGAACACCAAGAAAAAUAUGAUGGGGAAAACAAAAUGA